AUGGCAGUAUAUUCCAAGGUUUUAGCUUUCACACUCUUCUUGCUUCUCUUCUCCGUUGAGCUCAUCCAUGCUGGAAGAGCUCGGUUCCAUCUUAAUGGUGGUGGUGGUGAAGGUGGUGGGGGUGGUGGAGGUGGUGGAGGUGGGUUAGGAUAUGGAUCUGGAUAUGGUUCUGGGUAUGGGUCUGGAUAUGGUUCAGGAGGAGGUGGUGGUGGUGGUGGAUAUGGAAGUGGAUAUGGGCAAGGAUCUGGAUAUGGGAAUGAAUCAGGUGGUGGUGGUGGUGGAGGAGCCGUUGGAUCUCGAUUCAACGGCUGA